ACAGCGUGGAACAGACCGAUCCACCUUCAUUUUCAGAGAAGCUGUGGACGCUUACUCUUACUACUCCAUCACCUCCUGAAAGCGAGUAUCGUCUGCUCGAAAGCACCAUGGGUGAUGUGCCAUACGCCUUCCUCAAGAAGCUACGAAUUCGAAACCAAGUAGUGCGUGAAUUCUUGGCCGAGUUUUUGGGAACCUUCAUCUUGAUCAUUUUUGGUGAUGCUGCCUUUGCACAAACAGUCCUCGAAGGUCGAAAAGUAGAAGAUGUGUUCGCUGUUGUCUGGGCUUGGGGCGUGGCUGUCAUGCUGGGCGUGGCAACCUGUGGAGGCAUCAGCGGUGGUCACAUAAACCCUGCAGUCACAGUGGCAUUUGCAACUCUCGGCAAAUUUCCGUGGAAGAAAGUUGGACAUUAUCUUUUGGCCCAACAUUUAGGCGGCUUUGUGGCAUCAGCUGUGCUCUUCGUCACUUACAAAGAUGCGUUGGAUUACUUCGAUCCGAACCGAACGAUUACUGGCGACACAGCGACUGCUUACAUAUGGGCCACUUACCCCAAACCAUAUGUAUCUAUCCCUAGCUGUCUGUUGGAUCAAAUUGUAGGCACUGGACUUCUAAUGUUCACAGCUUUAGCCACUAUCGACCAGAGGAACAUGGAUAUUCCGAAAUGGAUGCAUCCCGUUGUGCUUGGUUUCAUGAUUUCUGCGCUUGCAAUGUGCUUCGGUGCUAACUGCAUGGCACCGUUGAAUCCAGCCAGAGAUUUCGCCACGCGAUGUUUCACCGCAAUUGCAGGAUAUGGCAGUGAAGUCUUCACUUAUCGCAAUUAUUGGUGGAUCGGUUUAGUGGGUCCUCACUUGGGAGCUAUUAUCGGUGGAUGGAUUUAUUAUUUGGGCAUUGAACUUCACUUACCACCAACAAAAGAAGAGGAAAGGCUAGCAGAACAUCAUGAAUUAACAGUAGCCUUAAACAGUAAUGAUAGGAAAUCUGCUAUCUAAUUAUUAAAGUAUUAGUCGAAUUGCUGCUAUAUCAUAUGAAGAAACAGCAUCUAUCGUGAAUAAAUGGAUUAAGAACUUUCGAGUGGAUCGACUGUACAAUGAGGCUUUUUCUAGUGUAGUGUUUUUGUUUAUCAAGCUGUAAUAAAUUUUGCUUCUAUAUAAUGAACGAGGGCAUGGGCAAGUUUUCCCAACCCGUACGAAUUAAGUUUCAGUGAUGUACAAAUUUACGCACUUUUUUCAUAUCUUCAUUGAUCAUCGUAAUUUAUUACAUCACUAAGUUCACUCCUGUUCAUAAAAUAUGGAGUUUUCGAAACUUAAUUUCCCAGCCCUAAAUUGGUGAGACUCUAAAUUACUUUUUGAAUUAAAUCUUUUUUAUAAAAUUAUCAAAUUAGAAAUAUUGUAAAAAAUAAUUUUUAUCUCAUCGAACAAAUUAUAUUCUUGAAAGGAGAAAAGUUUUAAGAAAUAAAUCUUAAUAACUAUUAGAAUUUUCUAAAAGCUCUUGUGGUCAAUGUUUAUACUUCAAAAACGUGUAUGCACUUAAUGAUUAGAAUUUAUCAGAAUAUAUUUAUAAUGUAUUUCUAUAUAUCACUAAUAAUUUACAACAUUUUUCACAUCUAAAUGUCUUUGCUGUUCGUUUUGACGUGUUGCCAUUAGUAAGGAUACAAAUGUGUUUUAAAUGGUGUAUGUUCAGAUUUCAUUAUAAGUGAUGGAUUGAUUUUGAUUAUUUAUAGAACUUAUCAUUUCAUCUAUUCUUUUAAUUCUUUAUUUACUACGCAUGAAUGCAGGACUUAAUAUUAUAAAUUGAAUUUUUGUAGACUUUUCAUAAGGAUAUAUUUUUUUACAGUUUCAUGCAAAAUGAGAUUUUUAAAAUAAUUCUUAUGCAGCAAACAUUCGCAUCGAAAUUGGUGAGAUGCGUCAUUCUACAUGUAAAAUAUAAAAUAUUGUAUUGUAUCAUAUUUAAUAAAAUCUGUGUUUCCUUUC